CAACUGUGACUAUUACUUCCGUAUCGCUCUCUCUCGACACUGUACGGGAACCACUCCGGACUUCCGCGUUCAGAACGCGACCCCAACCUCCCCGAGGGCUGAAUACUCUCGCCACCGAAAAUGCGUGCUAUCCCGGAGGAAUUAACGAGUCUGCUAGCAGACUUGGAGAGUUUCCUGACGGAUGGACUGAAAGGAGAGAAUCUAAGCAAGAAGAACAAGGACAAGAGAGAGCUCUUCAUCAAACGCAUUAAAGAUGUGAAAACCAGUUACUCUUCGGAAUUUAAAGACAGACGUGAGCUGGAGGACUCUGAUGAUGCUGAUGAGUUUGACAGCAGCCCUGACGGAGGAUCCCUGCAGUCAGACAAGACCGACCGGGACGAGGAAGCAGCCUAUGAUGGUGGUCAGAGUGCUCCACCUACAGCUGCACAAGAGCUCCUAUCCGUCUUCAAGGCAGGUUACCUGGAGAAACGCCGUAAAGAUCACAGUUUCUUCGGGGCAGAGUGGCAGAAGCGCUGGUGUGCCCUUAGCAGUCUCACCUUCUAUUACUACGGCAGCGACAAAGAUAAACAACAGAAGGGAGACUUCAACAUCGAGGGCUACAAUGUCAAACUCAACAACACACUCCGCAAAGACUCCAAGAAGGACUGCUGCUUCGAGAUCUCUGCCCCAGACAAGAGAGUCUAUCAGUUCUGUGCAGGGACUCAGAAGGAGGCGGAGGACUGGGUGGAGAGGAUCACAUUUGUGCUGAGAGAUAUGGAGGGUGGUAUAAUCCCAGAGGAGCAGGAGAUGUAUGAUGAUGUCGGAGUUCUACAGCCUCACACACCGGCAGAACCCGCCCCCAUCGACGAUGAGAUUUACGAGGAACUUCCAGAGGAUGAGAUGCCGACUCCUACUCCUGCUCCUCCACCCAAACCUGUUGAGGUGAAGAAACCUCCACCUGCUGCCCCUCCAGUCACACGCGCAGUAGUGAAUAAGGCCACUGAUUACCCAAACUACUACCAGAGCAAGUGGGACUGUACAGGAGACCAACCUGAUGAACUGACCUUCAAGAGGGGAGAUGCUAUCUACAUACUCAGCAAGGAGUACCAGAACUUUGGCUGGUGGGUUGGUGAACUGAAGGGGUCCAUCGGCAUCGUGCCGAAAGACUAUCUAAUGGAGCUAUACAUCCUCUGAAGGCACUGCAGGUUCUGUGUUCCUGUCUCCAUAGUCCAGCUUCAUGUGCAGCCAACUAUGUGCAAAUAACGCUUCCUCUCUCUCUGUCACACACGCGCGCACACACACACACACACACACACACACACACACACACACACACACACGUCAAGUCAAGUCAAAGCUGAGAUAGGUUGUUGAAGUGGCACAGUGAGAGUGAAUUGUGAAUGAUUUAAUUUAUAAUUUUGUUUUGUUUACUUUUGCUAUGACUUUGUGUUUGUUUCCUUGUUGACUAAGUUGUCUAUUAAACAGCUGUGUGUUGCGUCUACUAAAUCACUGCUGAGGAGACUGCUGUUUCCACUUCUUCCCACUAGAUGGCAACAGUGUGUUAGACAAUACAUUGCUGGGGCUCAGCUAUGCAGAGAGAGAGAGAGAGAGAGUGUGUGUGUGUGUGUGUGUGUGUGUGUGUGUGUGUGUGUGUGUGUGUGUGUGUGUGUGUGUCUCUGUGUGUGUGUGCCUGUGUGCCUGUGUGUCUGUGUGAGUGUGUGUGUGUUGCUCCAGAACAAACCACCCUUUGGACUGCACUCACACUCACAGACAUCCAAACAAAGUAACAAGUCAAAAAAUAAACAAUGAAAUCUGAGGACCCAGGAUGUUUGAUUCAUCUUUAAGUACACACACACACACACACACACACACACACACACACACACACACCAAAGGAACACAUUUAAUUGUGACAGGCUUGACCUUUCCCUGGUGAAGCUGCUGAUUUUAUAGCCUCCCUCUCGCUACACUGCGAUACGCACCACCUACACUGUGUGUGUGUGUGUGUGUGUGUGUGUGUGUGUGUGUGUGUGUGAGACAGAGACAGAGAGGACCUACUCCACGUGUGUGUGUGUGUGAGAGAGAGGAGAGAAAUGCACGACGCAACCUACUCAGCUGAAAUGUAAGAAUGCAAGUUGACCUUUAAAGCUGCCAGGUAAAAACAAAACACACACACACACACACACACACACACACACACACACACACACACACACACACAGAGAUGUGAAGGAGAUUAACAGAUGAGGUGCACACACACACACACACACACACACACACACACACACACACGGAGAUGUGAAGGAGAUUAACAGAUGAGGUGCACACACACACACACACACACACACACACACAGAUGUGAAGGAGUAGAGGUGUGUGUAUUGUAUGCAUUAAGGGUCUUCAUUAAAGGCAGAGCUGUUCUCCUUU